AUGUCCUACGAGGUUCGAGCCAGAACUCACCCCAGUGCAUUCGCACGCCGUCUUUUUGAGGUUAUGUUGGAGAAAUCGAGUAAUCUGUGUGCGUCGCUUGAUGUGAGAACCACCGAAGAACUCCUUGACCUCGCAGAUAAGGUUGGCCCCUAUGUGUGCAUGGUUAAAACGCACAUUGACAUUGUCGACGACUUUGAGUUCGACAAGACGGUCGGUGGUCUCAAGUCGCUUGCCAAGAAACACAACUUUUUGAUUUUUGAAGACCGUAAAUUCGCGGAUAUCGGCUCAACAGUCAAAGCUCAGUACAUUGGCGGUGUAUUCAAGAUCGCUCAAUGGGCAGAUCUCACUAAUGCCCAUGGUGUUCCUGGCCCAGGAAUUGUUUCGGGGCUUUAUGAAGGAGCUCGUGAGGUUACUAAAGAGCCGCGUGGUCUUAUUAUGCUUUCGGAGCUUUCCUCCAAAGGCUCCCUCGCGACGGGUGAGUACUCUGCCCAGACGGUCGAAAUUGCCCGCAACAACCAAGACUUUGUGUUCGGAUUCAUUGCACAAAAUCGUAUGCCUGAACAGAAUGGUGAGGACUGGGUUAUUCUGACGCCUGGUGUAGGUCUUGACGACAAGGGAGAUAGCCUUGGCCAGCAGUACCGCCCCGUUGAUGAGGUUGUUGCCAAUGGCUCUGAUGUGAUCAUUGUUGGUCGCGGUCUUUACGGCAAGGGCCGCGAUCCAAUUGUAGAGGCCAAGCGUUACCAGAAAGCCGGAUGGGAGGCUUACCAGGCUCGCAUAUAA